AUGGCUUCUUUUUCUUCUCUUCUUCUUUUGCUUUUGCUUAAUGUGCUCAUGGCCUUCAAGACUGGUGAAGGUGGUGAGAUGUCGAGCAUGGAAGAUGAUGAGCUUUCAGGGCUCUUUGAGGUAAUGGGUUCACUCUUAGAUGACCCGACAUGGGCCCAAGUGCACCCACAGCCAUGCACCGACACUCCAUGGCCUGGUGUUCAGUGUGAGCUUAUGGUUCAAGAAGAUGGUGAUGGUCAACAAGACUACAACCCUACAAUCUUUCAUGUAACCAAGAUUCAUAUUGGUACAGAUAUCCUCACACCACCCUGCAAACCCACUGCCACAUUGUCACAAAGAGGUUUGACCAAGCUUCCAUACCUGAAAACUCUCUCUCUCUUCAACUGUUUCACUCUGUCGCCAUUCUCUCUCACUUCAUCUCUCUUUGAAAACAGCUCUUUAUCAGCUUUAGAACACCUAGCACUUGUCUCAAACCCUAGUCUCCAUGGGAGUAUCCCUUCAAGUUUAGGUUACAUUCAGAGCUUAAGGGUCCUCUCCCUUUCGCAAAACAAGUUAACGGGUGAAAUCCCACAACAGAUUUGUGGACUAGUGAAUCUACAACAGCUUGACCUCAGCUACAAUCAAAUCACUGGUUCAAUCCCUCAAGAAAUCGGAGGGUUAAAAAGCUUGACCAUUUUUGACCUUAGUUACAACAUGCUUGAAGGUCAACUGCCUUCUUCUUUAGGUCAACUUCAGUCGCUUCAAAAGAUUGAUCUGGGGUUCAAUGAUAUUACUGGUAGGGUACCUCAAGAAGUUGGAAAUUUAACAAAGUUGGUGUUGUUUGAUUUGAGUCAUAACUCGCUAAGUGGGCCAUUACCUGAAUCUUUAUUUGGUCUGAAACAGCUAGAGUACCUUGUCAUUCAAGACAAUCCUAUAAAUACAGGUAUGCCCUUAUUCAUUGGGUCACUGGGUAGGCUUAAAGUUUUGAGCUUUUCAAGGUGUGGGCUGAUGGGACCUAUGCUCUCUUCUUUGUCAAGCUUAAAGAACCUGACUGCUUUGUCUCUUGAAAGCAACAGCCUCAAUGGGACAGUCCCUUCAGAUUUAGGGUCGCUCCCAAAUCUUGAACAGUUAAAUUUGAGCCAAAAUCAACUUAGUGGGCAGAUGUUGGUUUCAGAAGAGUUCAUAAACAGGAUAGGGAUGAGGCUUGAUAUAAGGGAAAACAAUGGGCUUUGCAUAAAGAACAUUACGUCCACCGAUGUAAAAAGCUCUUCUUGUAUUAGUGCAAGAAGUAGGACUGGUGGAAACAAGAGCUCAUGGGAUGAAGGAGGAGAAUGUGGAAGGAUGAACUCAACUUUAUUCCAAAGCAAUCGGUGUCCGAGGAUUCAUCAUGGGUAUGGUUUUUGGUUGGAUGUAGUGUGCUUGUUGAUGCUGUUUUUGUUGUGUUUCGUUUAG